AUGCAAGAUUAUAAUGAGAUUGAUACUAAAGCCCUUACCUAUGCCAAAAGACGUGAAGGACAAUGCUUGGCUAAAGUUAGAUCAAACCCUAAUAUUUAUUUAUGGGUUUGUAAAAAUCAGCAUCGAUGGGAAGCAUCCUAUAAAGAUAUGAAACAAAAUUAUAG